AUUGCGGCGAAAAGAGCUUUACAGAACGCGUCUAUUUUGCACUGCACAAAAAUUCGGUGGUUUUCUUGGCAUAUAUUCCGCAAUUUGUAAAGAAAAUGUUAAAUAAACAGUCAUAAUAUAUCUUAAAUAGCUAUUUAGGCAUUAAUAGACUUAUAUAGUAAAAUACUCGCCAUACAUUAAAAACUGUACUUGUAUCGUGGGGCAUAAUUUAUAAAAAUGGAUACGCUGUUCGACCAACUAAAAACAGAGACUCCGGCAAAUUUGAAAAUUGCUGAGUCUACGAAUACACGUGAGUCCAUAAAGGCUUCAAAGAGAUCACCUUCUCCUGAAUCACUUAAAGAUUCGCAAACUCCCACUAAAAUAAAGAGGAUAUCGACAGAAACCAAAUUUACAGAUAAUGCUGCAGUGCGUCGUGAAUCAAUGCCUCCACCUGCGUCAACAUUUGUCAGAAAAAAUAUAAGCAAAAGUCGCAGUUUAUCACCUCCAAAAGGCCUAUUAGUAAGACCAUUUAAAGUUCUCUUAGAGAGGAAAAAAAUGGAAGGCUUAGAUUGUAAAAAUCAGAAGCUUGGUAAAACAUCAAAAUCUCCAACAUAUAUAAAGAAAGCAGCGGACCUUAUUGGAUCAGCUUUAAAAAAUGGAGAAAAGUCACCCAAAAAGGCAACACCCACGAAGGCACAGCAAAAACUAUUUGAUCCAGAUGUGCUCGUUAAAGCACAACAGUUACCACAUUUUAAUGUUAAACGUUGUAAGGUGCGUUUGUUGAGACAAGACUUGACAAAACUCAAACAAGAAUUCCACGCAAAAGAGAAGAACCAGAAGCAAAGCAAAAACAGCGGUAAAAAUGAUAAAAUUGAUAGAACCCUACCUUCAGAAAAGGCAUCGACUUCUAAACGUGGCGGAUUUUUUGACGAAAAAGAAUCAAAACACUCAUCUGGAUUUUUCAUAAAGAUAAACGCACUUACCCGAUCACCCAGGUCAAAAACAAAAGCUGAAGGAGCUUUAAAAGAAAAAAGGUUUUCACAAAAGUUGAGCGCUGGGACAAUUGCGAAGAAACUAAAUGCAGCUGCUGCAAUUUCAAGCACCAAACCUACUAAGUUCACAAGAACACAACUUAUAAAAAUGUAUGGCAAGCGCGUAUUUUGCUCUCGUGUUAAAAUCGAACGGUGUUCGCAUCCGAUGAUGUUGAUAUUUGAGUCUAAUGCCCGUGCUCGUCGGUUACAAGCAAAACGAUCAAAAUCCAAAAAUCUGUCUGUAUCUUUUCGCGAUCAGGUCGAAAUAUUUGGAGAUAGCAGUGAUUCGGAGGAAGCAGAUAUAAGUCCGGUAUCUGAAGCAGAUAUAGCGUCUACAUCGGAAGUAGCUAUGAAAUUAACGAAUCCGAUACCGAUCUCUUUAACUGUAACUCCAGCGCGCCUCAAAAAAGUGGAAAAUGGUAAAGUUGUCGACGAUAUCGAAUUAGACCCCUCGCUCUUUGUUGUUCCAAUAGUUGCUAGCACGCCAUUUGCAUCGCCAGGUAAAAAAAAGCGUGAAAAAAAAUCAUUUAGUCCACUAAAAGGGGAUGGUACGCCUAGCCCACGCAAAGAACAGCUUAAAUUGGCCAACGAAAAAAUGCCUCCAAGCAGUUUGCGACGUUUAACUGCAGCUGAAGUUGACGAGGAGGACGAUGAAGACGACGAGUGUGAAUAUAUAGUGCCCAUCGAAAUACCUGAACGUCGCAUAUCACGAACUAGUUCCGCCAAUACCAUGGAUGAUGUUGUUUCGGAAAAACCUAAUGCAGCAUCCAACAGUGAAUUAGAACCUAAAUCUAUUGAUGUAGUUGACAAUACAGACACUGUUCAAGACACAUCAGGAGAAAGUUUCGCUUCGGCCGUGGAAGAUUCGCUCUCUCCUAACACCAAUGAACCAAAUCUCAGUAAUACGGAGUCAGAGGCAAUGACAAAUAUCGAAAACGUGGCCACCACUGACAAGGUUAUCGAUGAAAUUGAAUUUGUUGAAAAUAAUAAAAAUGUGGUAGAGGAUACGAAAACGCAAACAGUAGACAUGGACUUAGCAGAGCUUCCCCAACUUACACGUAUUGAUUCAGUGUCGCCUUCUCAAUCGUUAAACGACAUCGUCAACACCAUUAUGUGCAAUGAAAACGCUGUUGGUUCAAAGGAAGCACUCGAAACAAUGAAGGAUAAUAUUGAAUUGGUUUCAAAUACAAACAAUAUCUCCGACACAAAAAUAAAUGACAACCAAUCAGCUGAUAAUAUUUCUAUAACCGAUACAAAGUUGCGAGAUACCUUAGAUGAUGACAUAUCUUUACAGUUGUUUGUUGAUGACGAUACUGCUAACUCAAAUUUCUUAGGAGACAGCGCAAUACAAGAUAGCGAAAUAAUCGACGGAAUCGUAAAGGAACGUAUCGAUGAGAUUUCUAAAGAUAAGAAAUUGGGUUCGGCCGUUGAAGCUACGAACCUUUUGAGCUCGAAAGUGACAACCGAGUGAUAAUUUAGCAGUGUGGUCGUUAAUUAAUUAGGUACUCUACAAAAAACAAAAACAUGAAAAGUAAUUCCGUGAUUAAUUUUGUUUAUAAAUAUCCCUUCCUUUUUACCCUAUGUUUUUAAUUAUACACACGUAUUGUAUAUUUGUGUAUUUUGAAUUGAAUAAUCGAAAUUAAACUCUAACCAUGACAAUUUGUUACAUAUUUGGCAUUCUUGCAGGCGGUUGUAAUUGUUAGUGUUUACUAGCUGACUAUUCGGUGCCUUUAUUUUUGCAAUGAUAUUGAUCGAAUAUCAUUUAAUAAAUUUCCGUUAUGUUUCUUUUUAACGUUUGUAUAUAAGAUCAUUAAUGUUUCACUUAGUUACUUAAAGUAAUUUAAUGCACAAUGGUUAUAUCAUUAUAUUAAUCUUGCAAAAAUUAAUUUUAUUUACGAGGAAAAAUUUUCGAAAUUUACACUUAAAUUGUGUAAAAGUAAGAAAACAUAAGCAAUUUCCUGUAUACAAACACCUACAAAUGUAAUUUCAUCCAAGUUUGGGGCAAUUAAAGUAUAAGUUGGUUUUAUAAGAAUUUCACAAUAAAAUAAUGCCCGUACCGAUACUUGCAAAAAAUAAAAAAAAAAGAAAUAAAUAAAUUUGAAAAAUGUA